AUGAGUCAAAUUGAAACAACAGAAAAUCACUCAGUUGCAAAUAAGGAUCAUCAAAAAAAAGCUAAGGAAAAACGUAGUAAGGAGGAGGAAGGAAAAUGUCUUCCUAUCACGACAAUUAUCAAGUUAAUAAUUACCAUAUUUUUCUGGUUAUUGUGUAUUGGUAUUUUCAUUUGGUACGUGGUAGACAGUGUGGAAGUUUAUUUGGUUGCCUUACCGGUAACUUCCAUGUCGUACCAGAAGUAUGAAAGUAUUCCCUAUCCAGCCGUAACAGUGUGUAACUUUAAUGCUCUAAUCGAUUGUACAACAUGUGGUCUUUCCCUUCACAAAACUUAUUCAGUGAAUGCAUCAACCGGAACACCAGAGGAGGCUACCAUUCCAAACAAGUAUGUGGAAAUUGAUGCUGGUGUUGGAGGAUUAUUCAGAUGCAUUACUUUCAACAAUAAUUCGGCACUUCAUGCUGCUGAAGAAAUUGGUUAUUCGGGCUCAUAUUCUUUGUAUUUUCACGUUCCAAAGAUGGCUACCGAUAGAAAUAAUAGAUACGGACUUCAAGUAUCAUUCCAUGAACCAGGAACAACUCCUGAUGUUUUUGCAGAGACAAACUUUUGUUUGGAAGAGGCUGACAAUAGCUUUGUUCUUAGUAAGGUUAGAACUCAGAGAGUGAAAGCCACAAAAGAAGAACCAAAUUUAGAAAGUGUUAGAUGGUCAUUUCAAAGAUCUUCCAUUGCCCUAGCAAAGAAAGUUGAAGGGCUCAUUGUUAUUUCCUUCUCUUAUGGAACUUUGAAUGAAUCUAAAAAUAAGGAAGUUAGAACUGCAACCAUUGAAAAGAUUCUGGGUGAAAUCAGUGCUAUCUUGGUAGCCUUAAUGGGUAUUGAUGGUUUAAAGUUCUUCAAUGCUGUCAUUGAACUUGGAUAUUCAUUUAAAAAGAAGACUUUGAUGAAUGUUUGGAAGAUUUUCAACAAGGGAAGGUGGUAA